AUUUUCUAUGAAUGGUAAUGAAUUCUGUACGCUCAUGUUUCCCAGGAAUUUCAUUAAUACCCUUGUAUUUUCAAAAUAUUUACGGUCGAGGGAUUUGUAGCGUGUAAUAGCCAGUGGCUACGGAGUCAUUGGCCACUAGCUUAGUGAAGCAUCAGUCAUGGCCAGGAUAAAACGUGUAUUUAUUACUGUUAGUUUACUUUGUUUAAUGUGUGUAUUUGUACAAUGUUUUGAUGUACAUGAGAUUCAGAGUAUGUCACAUAAAUUGAAUCAAAUGUUGUUGGGAGAGAAAAAUGAACGACCUUCGGGUGCAUCCGAAUGGACUAGUGAGACACAGGAGGCGUAUGGUUUUAGAUCGAACGAAGGGUAUCGAGAAGAGUUAUCAGUUAUCAACAUCACCAACAGAAUUGACCCGCACCUAUACAGCGAAGCGAAUCACUACAAAUUCCUUAAAAUAAAUGGAAUAUCUUACCUGGGUGCAUCAACCCCCUCGAUGUUCGUCCUCAAUGUUUUGGACAAGGAGGUCUUCAACAUAACGAAGCAGUAUUGGAUUCUCCUUUCUGGAAGAAUCAUCACGUUUGAAGUGUUCUCGUCAUCCCAUGGAACGCUAUCAGUCGAAAAUGAUGAAGGAUCAGUCAUCACUGUCGUUCUCUCGGUGGAGGUGGCUCACGACACCCACGAGCUCAUUUGGUACAUUCUAUCUGGAGAAAGUUUCCAGAAAAUAUGGUUCUGGCCCCUCCAAGUGCGAGUGGAACGAUUGCUCCACUUCCGAUAUAAUAAUGAUAACCGACUGAUAACAAUGAUUCGAACGAAUAAUUUAUCCGGAAAAAAUGAUUCCUACGUCGAUAUGUGGGGCUUCCGAAUCAACGGGAAUCUGUCGACUUUUUGGCUGAGCCAACGGUUGCCGGGAUCUGAUGUUAUUGACGUGAAGACGUGUCCAGCCUACAACGGAAUUACGCUGGCUCUCCAGAUGCACAACAACAUCUCCAUAUACGACUACACCAAUGAGAAUUCCAAGGAGGCCUACUUCGAGGCAUCAUCCAGUUUUGAAUCACCUGGGUUAAACCACUUCGCGUGCUUCCAAAGUGGGCACAUUUUGUACCUGGGGACGACGGGCCCCAACGCAGCGAUUUUUGAUUAUUUCGAAGGCAAGUUCCAGCCCCAGUUGGCUCUCAAUGAAAUCCUCCAGGAGGAGGCCCUUUGGAUCGAAGCAAUACCAGUGGACACAUACAGAGAUGAAGUCCUAGUGCUAGUCCAGUUGAAAAAUAACUCGAUCGCCGGUCUUGUCUGGCAGGACAACAUCUUCAAGGGCACUUCGCUCUCACCUUCUGACACGACGGAUCUGCAUUUGUCACAGAUCACGGUCAUACCGAAAGUUGGAUUUGUGUACAAGAACAGAAUAGUGACGAUUCAAACGAAAUUGGAGGAGUUGACACCGUCAAUCUACGGAGAGACGCAGAGCAUGUUGCAGAUGAAGGAUGACUUGGCAGAAAUUCUGAGACAGCAAAACCUAAUUUUCGACUACACCAGGAGUCGCCUGAAGAACAGCUACCUCAUGACAUCUGCCAUCACAACUCACUGGCGAAUAAUCCACUUGAAAUCAAGGUACGUAGUCAUCGAGAAAGGUGUUGCGUACCAGAAGAUAUCGUUAGGUAAAAAUAAUCUGACGCAAGCGGACUUCGAGGCCAAUCUCGUCGAGGCCAUGACUCCAAUACAAAAAUUACACCGGCAACUAGAUCUUGUACACUCGAACGUGAACAAAGCUAUGCCGGUGACCACUACCCAAGUCAACUUCCCUGAAUACCUCCACAUCCUGGGGGAUCUAACUGUCAACAAGCUGACUGUCGACAAUAUUACGUUAGGAACUGCCACCAACUUAUCAGCUUCCGAAAUAUUCACCAAGCUGUUCGCCUUCGAUAGUAACAGGAUCAUCUCUGGACAGAAAAUCUUUCCUGUCAUCGACGCUACGACCUUGAACGUGAACUUCAUCAAUGGAAUACCUAUUGAGAACAUCGUCUUCGAUAAAAAUCAGAUGGCAUACGACGAAGUUGACUUUCCGAUUCUGAAAAAACUGGUGAUCAUCGGAAAUUUGAAUUUCACCUACAUUAAUGAUGAGAAUUGGAAGACUUUAAUGGAGACUGUGGUAUUGAAGAGCAGUGCAGAGAGGAUUUCCGGCGAAAUCAUCGUCAACGGCAGCGUGUUAGCGACGUACGUAGACGUCAACUACCUGAACGAUCUGACGUAUCCAGGAGAUUACAUAUUGAAAAAGAACACAGGACCUAUUACAAUUCCGUCCAACAAGAAGUUCAAGACUUUGACGACCGAACGUCUUAGUAAUCUAUUGACGAUUAACAACAUUCCAGUUGAUAAUUUCAUUCGGCUCUUCGGGCACCAGAAUCUCUCGAAAAAAAUUACGUUUGAAAAUCUGGAGAUCUUGGGAACUCUUCAGAUAGACGCGAACAUCACCGGAGGCCCCGUGAUACAGGAGUCACCGAUUUUAAUCAGCGAAACGAGAAGACUCAUGUCUCCCGUGAUCUUUACCAAGCUCAGCGUCGAAAGAAACAUCCAGGUUAAUGGGGAGAUUAACCAGAAGACCUGGCCAAUGCUCAACGAUUUGGUGAAGAAGACGGAUGACGUCGUGGAGAUCAGGGGGACGAAGACGUUCCCGGGUCACGUGACGAUCAAACCGAACGUUAGCAUCACCAACGGCAAGAUCAACGGUCAUCGAUUUGAUGAAUUUGCGACUGUCGACACCAGCCAAGAGUUUCCUCAUUUAGAAAGGAUUGAGGCGAACGUGACCUUCGGAAAGUUGACGCGAGGAGAUUUGCAUCGUGUGGAAAGGCUCUUAUCUGAAUGUGUCAAUAAAGUCAUGACCUUCCAAAUGCCUCCCAUUGUGGUUCAGCUCAGGGCAGACCGGCUCCAUAGGAAUAUGUCGAUGGAGGACUUCAUGGCACGUCUAAGCAAGAUCCCGAGUAUUGUUUAUGAAAGAAUGACAAUACAAGAGUUACAUGUCUCUCAACUAUCACCGGAGAACAUCAAUGGGAGGAAGCGCGAAGACUUCAUAUCGAUGUUGAUAUCGAAGACGAAGGAUCAAGAGUUAUCAGGGAAUUUUGAGAUUGGUGAUCUAGACGCUGGGAUACUACAUGCGGAAGCAGUGGACGGAAGAUCGACGAUUGAUCUUGAGGAGGAGCGGAAGACUCUCGAUGACCUCUUUUCUAUGAUCGUUAAUGGGAGUGUCUCCAUUGAUAACCUGACGGUUACGGGGCUCAUCACCAGCGAGAGGAUCAACGAUCGUAAAGUGCAGGACAUCUACGAUCCUGAGAACAUGGGGGUUGUUGUUCUCCAUGGAAACGUGAACAUCUCUGAGUUGAAUGUCAAGGGUUUUUUCAAUGGACGACAUAUGUCCGAGGUCUUUGAUGAUGCUGUGCUGAAGACAGAUACCAACAUCUCUGUAAAAGGUCUGAAGACGAUGACUUCAGUCGUCUGUGAGUUUCUGGAUGUGGGUUCUUGGAAUCAACACCCGGUGGAGACAUUCCUCAAUCCUAAUGAUCAUCAAGUGUUGACGGGUCCUGUUGUCGUCAACGGCAUGACAACAGUUGAGAAGACAUUCGGCAGUAGUAUUACUAUCGGAAAUGUGAGCCUUGAUGACGUUAAGCAACAGUUCACUUCCACUUCAGACGGGAAAUUUAUUUUGAAUGGAAACUUCAAGUUCUUUGAAGACGUCGCAAUCCAGGACCUUCUCAUCAAUGGAUUAAUUCAAAGUGUCGAGUUUAGUAAUCUGUCAGACUCGUUUGUCUUUCUGGAUAGUGAGAUUAUCUCAAUAACAGGUUCUAAACUGCUGAAGAAUACCGUCAAGUUCAAUAACUUGACCAUCACUGACCGCUUGAACGAGAACGAUCUCAAGGAGUUCUACGAGAAUAUUAUAAUUUUGGACGGACCUCCUCUAGUUAAAGGUAGACUGGUGGCCUCGGGGGAUGUGAUCAUCAAAGGAGAUAUAAUCGCAAAGAAGAAAAUUCAUGUGGAGACAAUGAUGGGAGUGAAUGUUACCAAGUUGCUGGAGAACGCUGCUUACCUGAACCAACCAGUUCACAUACCCGGAACGACCACCUUCAAGAACGUUGUCUUUGGUUCCAACAUCAGGCUGGAGAGACUGAAUGAUCUUCAAAUGGACAAGCUACUGCCUCUUCAUAAAGACAUAGUGAUCGACAGCCUUCACUGCACGAACAUCUCAGUUGAUGUGAUUAAUAUAGAGGGUACCGUCAACGGGAAACACCUGGAGAAGAUUUAUAAAGACAGCUUUCAGCUGACUGGCCUCCAGAACAUAACCGGGAACUUCCACUUUCUGGGGGACGUCAACAUUCGUCGGGACUUCGAUGCUGCGUUGAUUAACGGGAUAGAGCCUCACAGGUUCGAGAGCCUAGACGACAAUGAAACCUUCAUCGGUGACGUAGUCUUCAGGAAUGAUGUGAUCCUCAACGGAAGCCUGAGAGUUCUAGGGGCAUUCAACGGAUUCAAUCCAUUGACUUGGCAGGCCCUGGCUGUCACCACGCAAUUUCCGAUGACGCAGAUUGUGUCCGGUGUUUGGACAGUUGAUGGUGAUGUCCACCUGAAAGGGCCCAUUACAGGGUCUGGACUUCUCAAUGGAACAAACGUCCGGGAAUUGGUCGACAGCCUGGGGAAGAAAAACGCUCAGCUGGAUGUCGUUAUCACUAACAAGGAGAAGGAUCUCCAGAGCAUUUGUAAGGACCUGGAGUCCUUGAAGAACUCUGCUAACAAUCAGAUCUAUCGGCUCAAGUUCUUUGAUUAUGGGCAAGUCCUGGAGUUUGAUAGAGACAUCGUCAGCGCCCACUACUUCGAGGCUGAUGAGUCUGAUUAUCUCUUCGUGAGUCUCGAGGAUUGUACGCUGAUCAGGUUCGUCUUGGAAGGGCAUAAGUUCGUAAGGAGACCGCCGAUGCGGGAGUUCGGAAUUGUUGAGCGAUGGAUCAGUCUCGAUUAUCAAAACACUAAGUAUUUUGUUACGAUUGGGAAGAGGGAGUGCGGCAGGAGUCCUGGGAAUCUGUGGAAACUGGCUGACAAGGAGAUGGUACAUGUGAUGGAUCUGGGAGGGAUCAGGGAUGGCAGGAAAAUUAAUGAUCAUGAGUUCGUAGUAUUGGUUGGGGACACACUUCUCCAGUAUUCGAUUGAGGAGAUUCAUGGGGGUUCUGGAGAUCCCAGAAGAUCACACUUGAUGAAGAGUAAGAAUGUCCAGCUCGUGGGAACCAGUCAGAGUGAUAACCUAAUGCUUCUCGAUGAACAGUUCGCUGUUCACUUGGAUUUGGCUUCUGGCACUCUGAGGACGACAGAUAAUCCCUUCGGAACUAAAAAUGUUUCGAUUUAUCGUUUUGGGACUUUCAGGAGAGAAAAAUUUGUUUAUUAUGAUGAGACAAUCUCUGAAAAUUACAUAUUCAUAGCGGAUUACGAAGAGCCAUCGGGUAUUGCCCAAACCAUUGGUGCUUACAGACCAUCCUCGAUAACCGUGAUGAGUUUUGGGGAUGGAGUGGAGGAUUUGUUAAUGUACAUUGAGGGUAGUUGUCGGAUCAAUGUUCAUGAGUAUAAGGGAGUUGAAGGGUUCGUUUAUCGCGAAGCUCUGCACAUUGAUGCUGAGAAGUUACUGACUAUUAGAUUGAAAAAGGAUCCUCGGUUUGAGAAAGUCAAUUGUCUUGGAGUGAUUGCACGCAAUACGUUGCAGAUACUCGAGGGGAUGAUGUAUGGGAACAGGAUUGUAGGUGAGACUACAUUAUGUGAGAAUUAAUAAUAAUUCCAACAGUGCAUGGGAUGUAAUUUGUUUUCCGAAUAUGUAAAUUUGCAAAAUAUUCCACUCAAAUGUACUCAAUAUUUUUUACUGAACGUUUAUUGUACCUGUUUACUAAAUUGAAUUAUUUUCACUGCUAUAUAAUUAUGUUAACUAAGAACAUAAUUUCUCAGUUAAUUAUGUCAGUUCGAUUUAAAAAUUGAAAUCAAAUUAUGGUCUGCCUGGUCAUGACUCCAUUAAAGAAAAACGACUUUGAAAAAAAAA